AUGAAUUCCCUGGACCGCUUUCUCAGCCGGCCAACGGCCAAGCCAUAUCGGUCUGGCAAGAUCGAUCCCAAUCAAGAAGUCCAUUUUAACAAAGAUGGCCAUCUGGAUUUCGAGGAGGGCGAUGUCGAAAACCCAAAGAACUGGUCAGUCGGACGACGGAUCUACAUUACGGUUGUAGCGGUGUCGAUGGUUGUUAACGCAACGUUCGCUUCGUCUGCGCCGUCCGGAGUUCUGGUCGGCAUAUCAGAAUACUUUCAUGUAUCCGAGGAGGCUGCUGGUCUGGUCAUCACUUUGUUCCUGCUCGGCUAUUGCGCAGGACCUCUUGUCUUUGCACCACUCAGCGAAUUCUUCGGAAGGAGAUACUUAUUCUACAUCACGUUCUUAUGCUAUAUCGCAUUCAAUUUUCUUUGCGCCUUUGCGCCGAACUUCGGAUCAUUGCUCGUCGGCCGGUUACUCAGUGGCACCUUCGCUUCUGCGCCUCUCACGAACGCUCCUGGGGUUGUUGCCGACAUCUGGGGCCCGAACGAGCGGGCCAAUGCCAUAGCGCUGUUCUCCAUGAUGACUUUCGUUGGUCCGGCGGCAGGUCCGAUCGUCGCCGGCUUUCUCCAGGUCACCAAAGGUGACGAUGGCUGGCGAUGGAUCUUCUACGUCCUCAACAUGUUUGGGGGUGGGACUGCCAUCCUUAUGUUUACGCUGCCAGAGACCUACGCGCCAGUUGUGCUCCUGAACAAGGCCAAACGCCUCCGACGCGUCAAUCCAGAGAAGUAUGGCGACGUCACCGCCCCCGCCGAAGCUCAUGGUCGCAACCUGGGAGCCAUGUUUCGCGUCGCCCUGCUUCGACCGUGGCAGAUUCUUUUCGAUCCUAUCGCGCUCCUGGUCGCCAUUUACAUCUCAGUGGUCUACACCCUCCUCUACAUGCUCUUCUCAAUCUACCCGAUCGUCUUCCAGCAGAAACGCGGCUGGAACGCGGGCGUUGGCGAACUUCCUCUGGCAGGCACCGUCGUCGGCGCCGUUAUCGGUGGCAUGAUCGUCCUCACCUUCACGCGCCACGAGCAGAAGCGCCAGGCCAAGGGCCACAAAUUCGAAGCUGAAGACCGCCUUCCCCUCGCCAUGCUGGGUGGCAUCCUCUUUCCCGUUACGAUGUUCUGGUUCGCAUGGACGGCAGAAUACAACAGCAUUCACUGGAUCGUCCCCACCAUCGCCGGAACACUUCUCUCCACUAGCAUCAUGCUGGUCUUCGUCGCAUACCUCAACUACCUCACAGAUACAUACCUCAUGUUCACCGCAUCCGCCAUGGCAGCCAACACGAUCACUCGAUCCGCUUGCGGUGCCGCUGCUCCGUUGUUCACUAAUUACAUGUUCAACGCCCUCGGUGUCGGUGGCGGAGGGAGCUUGAUCGGCGGCGUCGCGUCCUGCUCGCACCCAUCCCCUUCGUCUUCUACAACCCCUCAGCAAGAACAGGACGCGUCUGACGACUCGGAAGCUACGGAAGUCGGAGAAGGAGGUGACGACGAAGAGAAGCAGCAGCGUCGUGCGAGACGGGAGAGUGGACAGUCCGGGGCGAGUAGUGAAGACAGCGAUAGCGAUGAGGAGUCGCUUGAGCAGGGACAAGAUUAUGAGACAACGGAGGAGAUCGAGCGGAGGGCCCGGCAUAGGCGGGAGCGGCAGAGAGCGGAGAUGGAGCGGGUGAAGACUAGGAGUGAUGCUGGUGCAUGA